AUGAGGGAACCUUUGUUCUUGAAAGCCGAGUCGGAAUCCCCCCCCAACAGCCCUCAGCUACAAAGUACUCCUCUGAUAUCACGACCUGCCAAGUAUAUCCGGGUGGAGAACGGCGAGACCAGAUAUCCGUCUUGGUUAUUGCAGGAUCCGGCUUUUUUUAGGAACCCAUGGCAAGCUGACUUUGACCUACUUGAGCUUAUUUGGCCCUACAUCAGUACCUGAGCCGAGCAACUAAUCCUUCCUGUUGAUUUCUGACCGCUCUUUUUUAUCUGCUUACAAUCUUUUCUAAUACUACAUUCCUUAAAGUAUAUCCGGGUUUUUUGUUCUCGUUUACUCUACAAUCCAAUGGCUUUUAAUGUUGAGCUGUUCCCCUCGAGUUAAAACUAGGUUCAAGUAAAGCCUAGAUUGAGUUUUUAUGCUGCUCUAGUACAAUUUACUUAGUAGGAUCUAGCUAGAGUAACUUGACUUGGUGUCAUUUCGUGUGGGUUUUUCGUCUCUUGUUCGCGCAGCUGCCCUAUAUCGCGCGAAUUUUCGUCUGUUUUUUGCGCAAUCCACCAUAUUUCGCACCGAAAA